GCCACUGCCCCGGGGCCGGCCCCGCAUGCCGGCCGCUGCCCGCCGCCCCACCGAGCGGCCGUAGGGUGCGCGGCGGGGCAGGGCUCACCAUGUCGAUGCUCCCGACUUUUGGCUUCACCCAAGAGCAAGUGGCUUGUGUCUGCGAGGUGCUCCAGCAAGGCGGCAACAUCGAGAGGCUGGGGCGGUUCCUCUGGUCCCUCCCUGCGUGCGAGCACCUCCACAAAAACGAGAGCGUCCUGAAGGCCAAGGCCGUGGUGGCCUUCCAUCGGGGCAACUUCCGCGAGCUCUACAAGAUCCUGGAGAGCCACCAGUUCUCGGCGCACAACCACCCCAAGCUGCAGCAGCUCUGGCUCAAGGCGCACUACAUCGAGGCGGAGAAGCUGCGGGGGCGACCCCUAGGGGCGGUGGGCAAGUACCGGGUGCGCCGCAAGUUCCCGCUGCCCCGCUCCAUCUGGGACGGCGAGGAGACCAGCUACUGCUUCAAGGAGAAGAGCCGCAGCGUCCUCCGCGAGUGGUACGCGCACAAUCCCUACCCGUCCCCUCGUGAGAAGCGAGAGCUGGCCGAGGCCACCGGCCUCACCACCACGCAGGUCAGCAACUGGUUCAAGAACCGCCGGCAGCGGGACCGAGCGGCCGAGGCCAAGGAAAGGGAAAACAACGAGAAUUCCAACUCCAACAGCCACAAUCCGCUCUCGGCGUCAAUGAACGGGAAUAAGACAGUUUUGGGGAGCUCGGAGGACGAGAAGACGCCGUCAGGGACCCCGGACCACACCUCCUCCAGCCCCGCGUUGCUGCUCGGCUCCAAUCCGGGGCUGCAGCCCCUGCACGGCCUGGGCCACCCGCAGGGCCCCAGCGCCAUCCCCGUGCCCAGCGCCGACCCCAUGCACCACCACAGCUUGCAGGACUCCAUCCUCAACCCCAUGUCAUCCAACUUGGUCGAUCUGGGCUCUUAAAACCGCGUACACGCUCCCUCCUUCGCACCUCCUUUACUCUCUCUUUUUCUCUCUCCGUUUUUGUUGGUUUUUUUUUGUUUUGUUUUGUUUUUUUCCUUCCUCCUUUAUUUUUCCCUCUUAAUCUUAUCAGAGACUGUAAGCGAUGACAAAGCCAAAGGCAGAACCGUGCCGCGCACCCCGGCCGCUGUCCGGGCCGUGGGCAACAGCACCGUGAGAAGCCCCAGGGAGGGCUCGGGGCGGUGAGACAGGGCCGGGGCUGCCCCUCCGGGUCGCACCGCAGCUCCUCACGACUUUCUCGGUGUUGUCACCUACCGGCGCGCUCCGUGCGCAUAGAGGAGCGCGGUGAUUUUUUUGGGGGAGGGGGGAGGGCUGGGAAGGAAUGCCGGUUGGAAUCCCGCAUCGCUCCCGUUAUCCUAUUGUAGCUAUGUAUCCGCUGCAGGUGUACGAUGUACAAUCGCAACUAAGAAUACAAAAAUUGUAGUCAAGUUAUAGCAGCAACACGCACUAGGCAGACUCUGUAACCUUCUUGUAGCUGACGCUAUGCAAAGAGACGGCUGCUUCAGCCUCAGCCGUGUGGUGCUUUCGCCAUUUACAGGGUGGGAAGGAGGGGAGGCCCGGCCCGGUUCGGGAAGGGAAGAAAGAUUGCUGCUCAAGUUUAAACCUAACCGACAGUAUCAACCGCAAGUCACUCGACCUUAGUUUUGUUUAUUGUUUAUAUUAUGUGAAUACAUUCUUUGGAAGAUAUUUCUGCUUUUAUUUUAUAAUAAAAUUUAGAAAUCUAACCCAACGUG